GCGCCUGCGCAGUGCGGCUCCUCGGGUCCCUGUAAAGAUGUCUGAGGCGGCGGGGAGGGAGCGGAGCCGAGGACCCGACACAGACGGACAGGACCCGCAGCGCUCCGCUUUGACCCGCUCCAGCGUGGAUGUGUCCAAGAUGGCGUCUGAUCAGACUUCAGUGAAGGGAGACCCUGCCCCUGCUUCAUCGCAAGCCCCGCCCCUGUCUCCAAACACACCCACAAAGCCACCUGAGCUGCCAGAUGAGCUGGUGCAGGCGGGUUGGUCCAAAUGCUGGAGUCGCAGAGAGAAUCGUCCAUAUUAUUUUAACAGAUUCACUAAUCAGAGUCUGUGGGAGGUGCCAGUCCUGGGACAGCAUGACGUCAUCUCUGACCCAUUGGGCUUAAACGCUGCUCCGGCCGAAGGAGGAGACGCCAACGGGAGAAAGAGGAGGAUGUCUGAGGAGCAGAGCAGCAAUAAGCGCCCCAAGGUGGAACCGAGCACGCCCAUCUCCCCCUCCACCCCUGGAGUCAAACCCUGGAGCACAGAAGAAAAACAGCCAACCGCCACACCUGCCCCUCCCACGCCCACCACACCCGCACCAACCACGCCUGCACCCUACAGACCCGCUGUUAUAUACUGGGACCUGGAUGUUCAGACCAACGCAGUGAUCAGGGAGAGACCUCCUGUUCCUCUGCUUCCUCCUCAUCCAGAGAUCGAACUGCAGAGGGCACAACUGGUCACCAAACUGAGACAGCACUACCACGAACUGUGUCUGCAGAGAGAGGGUAUAGACCCUCCUCGUGAGUCGUUUAAUCGCUGGCUCCUGGAGAGAAAAGUCAUUGACAAAGGUCUAGACCCUCUGCUCCCGAGCGACUGUGACCCGGUGAUCUCCCCGAGCAUGUUCAGAGAGGUUAUGAACGAUAUCCCAAUAAGAUUGUCUCGAAUCAAAUACAAAGAAGAGGCUCGAAAACUUCUGUUCAAAUACGCCGAGGCUGCCAAGAAGAUGAUCGACUCCAGGAACGCCAGCCCUGAGAGCAGGAAAGUGGUGAAGUGGAACGCCGAGGACACCAUGAACUGGCUCCGACGAGACCACUCUGCCUCCAAAGAGGACUACAUGGAUCGUCUUGAGCACCUGCGUCUUCAGUGUGGGCCUCACGUUGCUGCUGUGGCCAAAGACUCGGUUGAGGGCAUUUGUUCAAAGAUUUAUCAGCUCUCUGCAGACUACAGCCGCCGCCUCCGCCAGACACACCUGAGUCUGCUCCAGAGCCCGCCCCCAGAGCCCGCCCCCUCAGACCCCAGUGCCCGCCUGGUGUACUGUUACCCGCUCCGCCUCUCCACGCCCACUCCAGCUCUGCCCAGAGUGGAGCUGCACUUUGAGAACGAUGUGGCCUGUCUGCGCUUCAAAGGAGAGAUGGUCAAAGUGAACCGCGGCCACUUCAGCAAACUGGAGCUGUUGUAUCGUUACAGUUGCAUCGAUGAUCCUCGAUUUGAAAAGUUCCUCUCCAGAGUCUGGUGUUUGCUCAAGAGAUACCAGGUGAUGUUUGGCGCAGGCUGUAACGAGGGCACAGGUCUACAGGGUGCCCUCCCGGUGCCAGUCUUCGAGGUGCUACAGAAACAGUUUGGCGUUUCAUUUGAAUGUUUCGCGUCACCACUAAACUCAUACUUCAAACAGUUCUGCUCUGCCUUCCCCGACACUGACGGCUUCUUCGGUUCCAGAGGGCCAUUCCUGUCCUUCUCUCCGGUCAGUGGAUCAUUUGAAGCAAAUCCUCCAUUUUGUGAAGAGUUGAUGGACGCCAUGGUCACACAUUUUGAGGACCUCCUUUCGUCCUCCUCUGAGCCUCUCUCGUUUGUGGUGUUUGUUCCGGACUGGAGAGACCCGGAGACUCCUGCUCUGACCCGGAUGGAGUCCAGCCGCUUCCUCAGAGAGCAGCUCCAUGUGGCGGCUUACGAGCACGAAUACCGCUCGGGGUCACAACACGUCUGCAAGAGGGAGGAGAUGUCUUACCGCGCAGUCCAUGGCACGGCCGUCUUGUUCCUUCAGAACGACGCAGGUUUUGCAAAGUGGACUCCGACGCCGGAGCGAGUGUCUGAACUCUGCGCUGCCUUUAAACCCCCUAGAACAAACUCCUCCUCUUCCUCCUCAGGCCCCACCCCACAGGGAACAGACCCAACCCCCAAGACCGUGCCCGACAACCAUGAGAACAGUCACCACGACGACAACAACAACAGCAGCAGCUCCAGCCCCAGCGACAAGACGACCGCCGUCUGAGCUGCAUAAUUCGUGUCACCAGCAGCAGCUGUAGCAGAGAACUGGCCCUGCCGGAUCCGUGCCACCAAGGCUUAUGGGGUCUCACUGGGGUCCUGGUUUAGUCCGGGUUUAGACCCAGUCCGGAUCUAAACGAGGACACGCCCAGUGCCACCGGGAGCUACUGAUUGGCUGAUUCUAAGGCAGCUUUCGAUUGGAUGAAAGUGAGACUCAAAAUGUCCGCCUGAAUCCAAACGCUUUUGUUUGAAAUCUUUGUCCUGUUUUUACUGAUGCGAUAAAAUAUUCAUUAUAAUUUUUUAAAGCAUAAAUAUGAACUUGUUUUAGUGAAAUCUGAACAUAAUAAGUCUCGACUUGUGAAUGUGGAUAAUAAAUUAAUAUAAAAUAUAAUGUAGCUUUUCACGUUAGAGUCACAGAAUUAUAACUUUUGUUUAAAAAAAUAAAAAUAAAAUAAAAAAACAGCAGCAAAACUCCAGCCAACUUUUCCAGAACCCAGAGCCUCCGGUUUGAUCCGGCCAAAACUUCACAAAAGUGUAAGUGAAAAUUAAACCUGUCGUCUCCUGUCUCCUGCGCUCUGAUUGGCUGUGGCCCUGUCUCCUGUACUUUGAUUGGUUGUUCUGGGUGGAUUGUAAAUAUGUACAGAGAUGGUUUUGUUUUUACUUUUGAACUUUUUGGGACUAAACCAAAGUGAAGCGUCGUCACACUUAUUUGUAAUGUUUUUUAUGGUUUCUGGAUUUUGUGCAUGUUUUUGUUUUAAAAUCAUUUAUUCCUUAUUCAUUUUGUGGAGUGUUUCCCACCUUUUCUGCCCCCCAUCAAAGUGAAAGUUAUAUUUAUUACAUCCAUGUAUUUCAGACUAAAAAAAACAAAUGUACGUCAGAUUUAUUAAAAUGUUUCCUCAAAA